AUGUUCGAUACAUUCGCAAGGCUCUUAUCUUCUGUUCCUACAUUUCUUUUUCCAGUGUUCGCAUCCUACAAAGCUCUCAAGACCUCGGAUCCGGCAUUAUUAACACCAUGGCUUAUGUAUUGGGUGGUACUUGCGAUCGCUUUGUUCGCUGAAUCUUGGGUUGGAUUUAUACUAGUUUGGAUACCUUUCUACUCGUGGUUUCGACUCGGUUUCCUUCUCUACCUUAUCCUCCCUCAAACCCAAGGCGCAAGAGUCCUCUACCAAACACACGUUCACCCAUGGCUUCACAAUAAUGAGCUCGCCAUCGAUGAUUUCAUAGCUUCUGCUCAUGAACGUGCAAAAGCCGCUGGUAUGACAUAUCUCAAACAAGCUAUAGAAUUGAUUAGGCAGCAGGUCUUUGGUCUUCCGCCUAAAGAACCCACACCACCAUCAACGCCUUCCACCUAUUCAUAUACACAAAGUCUCAUGGCACGCUUCAAUCUACCAUCUGCUAGACAUUCAUUCCCAUUAAAUCCGGUCGGAGGUGCUGCUAGCAGUGCGACAGACUUUUACUCCCUCCUUGCUUCAGCAGUUUCCGCUGCUACUUCCUUCAACGCUGCUACCGGUGGAUCGGAUACUCGAGAUCUUUCGAACAGUGGGAUGUUGAUACCUCCUCAUGUAUCUGGGAGUGAACGUAUGACUUUCAUCCAAGCACAGCGCGAGCGCCUUUCAAUCCUUCUUUCAGCUUUGGACAAGGAGGCGCAAACACUACAAAAUGAAAAACGUGUCCCGAGAAAUAUUUCCAGUAUGUCAUUUGAUGGCACUAGCAGCGAAGAUGAUAAUCUCGAUCGACCAAAGAGCUCCAUGAGCGGAAUGACCUCAAGAAAGAGUGAGCCUGAUUUUGAAAAAAUCGAUGCAGAUAGUGGGACGGAAGAAGUCGGUAAAGCAAGAAAAAUGAUGGAGAGGACGACAUCCAGUGGGAAUUGGAUGCCAUGGGCGUGGGGAGCAAAACCAGCAGACCCAACUGACAACCAUUCUGAGGAUAAAGGGAAAAGCUCAGGUAUUGAUGCAUAA